UGACGAGUAUUGGAGGCGGUCUUUACUGAGGAGGAUGUAGCUGCGGUCAUGGCUCCCAGACCGCGUAUCCCAGUGCAAUAGUAAAUAACUUGCAUAGGAAAUGCAUUGUCCUUUUUAGGAUACAUAUAUAUUUACAAUUUCAGAUUCAAACCGUAGCCUCUCCCUUAUAUGCGAGCGAGCUAUGGAUGCGCAGGUUGCAAACCAUUGCAGCAUCAAGUCUGCAGCGAAACCGAGCAGCCCGCAGAAUAAUGCAGCUGAAGGCAGGAUGGAAAAUGCACCGAAAAAGAAAUCCCGCACAAGAAGAGGCAGGAGAGGAAAGCGACGGAGGGGCAAGAAGGCCAACGAGCCUCCGCCGUUUUUACCACCGGAGGCUGAAGAGGGAAACAUUGAAUACAAGCUGAAGCUGGUAAACCCCACGCAGUAUCGGUUCGAACACUUGGCCACGCAGUUGAAAUGGCGACUGCAGGAGGGCCGCGGGGAGGCCGUGUAUCAGAUUGGGGUGGAGGAUAACGGUCUGCUGGUUGGACUUACAGAAGAAGAUAUGAAAGCCUCGCUUAAGACUCUUCGCAGAAUGGCUGAGAAGGUUGGAGCUGAUAUCACGCUCCUGAGAGAGAGGGAGGUGGACUGCGAUAGAGCCCGACGGAAAAUCGCUGAAGUUCUUGUGCGGAAAGUUCCAGAUGACCAGCAGUUCCUGGAUCUCCGCGUAGCUGUUCUGGGUAAUGUUGACUCAGGGAAGUCAACUCUGUUGGGGGUGCUGACUCAGGGAGAGCUGGACAACGGACGGGGCAGGGCCAGACUCAACCUUUUCAGACACCUGCAUGAGAUUCAAACCGGACGGACGUCCAGCAUCAGUUUUGAGAUCCUGGGCUUUAACAGCAAAGGAGAGGUUGUAAACUACAGUGACUCCCGUACAGCAGAGGAGAUCUGUGAGAGCUCUUCUAAGAUGAUCACUUUUAUCGACCUGGCUGGUCAUUAUAAGUACUUGAAGACCACUAUAUUUGGCCUGACAAGCUACUGCCCAGACUUUGCCAUGCUGGUGGUGGGAGCCAAUACUGGCAUAGCUGGCACAACUAGGGAGCACCUUGGUUUGGCGAUGGCGCUGAAGGUGCCCAUAUUCAUUGUGGUGAGUAAGGUGGACCUCUGCGGUAAAAGCACAGUGGAGAAAACGGUUCGUCAGCUGGAGAGAGUGCUUAAACAACCCGGCUGCAACAAGGUCCCAAUGGUGGUGUCCAACCCUGAUGAUGCCGUCACUGCAGCACAGCAGUUUGCACAAUCCUCCAGUGUGACGCCCAUCUUCACCCUCUCUAGUGUGUCUGGGGAGAACCUUGACCUUCUGAAGGUCUUUUUUAACAUUCUUCCUCCUCUGAGCAACAGCAAGGAGCAGGAGGAGCUCAUGCAGCAGCUCACAGAGUUCCAGGUGGAUGAGAUUUACAGUGUUCCUGAUGUAGGAACAGUAGUCGGUGGAACACUGUACAGCGGUGUGUGUCGUGAAGGAGACCGGCUGGUUGUGGGUCCCACCGAUGAUGGGCGGUUCCUGAGGUUGAAGGUGUGCAGUAUUCACAGGAAUCGCUCCGGCUGUCGCGUGCUGAGAGCUGGACAGGCCGCCACACUUGCGCUUGGGAACUUUGAUCGCUCGUUACUACGAAAGGGCAUGGUCAUGGUGAGUCCCAAAAUGAACCCUACAAUUUGCUGGCAGUUUGAGGCCGCCAUAGUCCUCCUGUUCCAUGCCAAGACUUUCCGCCGUGGUUUCCAGGUCACGGUGCACGUGGGGAACGUGAGGCAGACGGCCACGGUGGAGUGUCUCCUUGGGAAGGAGGAGCUGCGGACAGGCGAAAGAGCUGUAGUGUGUUUCAGAUUCUUAAAGCACCCUGAGUAUUUGCGUGUGGGAGCCAAGCUGCUCUUCAGAGAGGGGGUGACCAAAGGCAUCGGACACGUGACGCACCUCCUACCCUCGACCCAGAACCACGUGCCUGAUCAAAACCGCAACCAGAACCACAGUUAGGCACAUCGGGGAGUGACACCAUAAAUCAAGAGGACAUUUGACUGCAGCUGCAGUGCUUCCUGUCCUUGCCUUGAGUUUGCAUCCCCAAGUUCAAUUGUGCACCUUUUAUUUCCGCUCUAUAGAUUUGCCUAUAUUAAUUGCAGAUUUGCCUGUGUAAUUGCUCUCCGCUCCUGUGACAUUUAGAAGGUUGUGGUACAGUGAUUUACUGAUUAUAUGAGUAUAUGUCUGCCAGGUGUAAUGGAGCUCGGAAACCUUUCCUGUUUUUACACAGGUGCGUGUUUCACAUUCUAAGUUAAAGCUGGCUGACCUUGAGUGAAGCAUGUGGGAUUUCAAGUCGCUAAGUUAGGUAUCUGGAGCAAAUUUCUGCAGGAACAACUCCUGCAGACUGCAUUAUGGAUAUGAGAACAUUAUCGUAGCAUUGGAAAAUUAAUUUCUUCAGCAUUAGUUCUUCAGAUCUUCGGUAGUAUUAAAUACGUGAUGUUGCCCCGUAGAUCUGAUGACACUUCAUAUUUGUUUCAUUUCUUUUUUGCACAGGAAGGUCAGAGGCAAGAAUCUUAGUGUAGACCAGGUGACAUCAUCAGGUGAGAGCUCCAUAAACUGCACUGAGUGUGUCAGAUAAGAGUCAUAUGUACAGAUAAGAGAAAAUGUACAGAGUAGUGGGUCCCCAGGACCAGGAUUGAAAAAAACUGCCUUAGGCCAUAGGUUAGGGGGUCGGGGUGGCUAACGUCUGGAAAGCCAGAGUCUUCCAAUCAAGGUCUAAAGUUACUAGAAGUCUACAGGCAGGUGAGUUUUUAUCAAAGUUGGAGCAAAACUCUGCAGGACCAUGGCUGUCCAGGACAGACAUUGGCCACCCCUGCCAUUGGUCUUCAGCCCUGUUCCUGGGAACCCACUGUGGUGCAACGCUUAACUACAACCCUAAUAAAAUACACCUGAACCAGCCAAUCAGUGUCUUCAGGAUCACUGGAAUAAAGUUUGAAGGACAGUGGGUCCCCAAGACCAGAGUUGAAGACCUAGGCCAAGAGUUCUCAACCCUGGCCUGUGAGAUCCAUUUUCCUGCAGAGUUCCAAUUUAGCUCCAGUUUAGCUCCAAUCUUGAUCAGACACACCUGCUUGUAACAGGUCUGUUUGAUUAGCUUUGGAGCUGAACUCUGCAGGAAAAUGGAUCUUGCGGACCAGAGUUGAGAACCCCUGACCUACGCCUUAAGCUCAAAGUAUACUUGAGUUUUGAAGUGUAUGUGUACAGCUGAAUAUAUAAGCUUUUCAAAUACUCCAUUUGAUGACAAGCUGCUCACUGCAGAGGCAAUGGGUGGAGCUUGAUUGGACGUAAAGGGUGGAGGUAGACACUUCAGCGACACCCUAACCCUACCCAUAAACCAGGGAACUCCAACCUUGCUCCUGUAGAGUGACUUUGGUUUCAACCCUGCUGUCUUUAAUUACUAAGUGGCCCUGAACACCUUAAUUACCUGAUUCUGGUGUGUUUGUUUGGAGUUGAAGCUGAAAUCUGCAGGAUGGUAGCUCUCCAGGAGCAGGGUUGGAGACCGUUGCCAUAUCCUGAUUGCUAAACAUAACUCCACCUAUUAGGUCCACAGAGGUGGAGCUAAACUAGGUCAAACUCCACCCAUUACGUCCAGAAGCUGAGUGUUAUUUGGCUCUGGAGUGAGCACUUCUUGCAUUUGAUGGCCAGUUUUGCCACCUUAUGAACCUUUUAGUUGGUGGUUAUUAAAAUGUAUGUCCAAUAUGUCCGCAAACCCUAGUUUACACAUAAAAACUCAAGUACACUUUGGGCUUUAGGCUACGAUUGUUGCUUGUCAGUCUGUAUGAUAUACAUUGUAGUAGUGAACAGUUUGGUCCUGCUACCCGCUCAGCAGUACUGGAUACAAUUUGUUGGAGACUAAAAAGUAUUUUUUAACAGCAGAUGGCAGUGUGUGCUUUAGAAGCAGCCAUACUCUGCUUGCGUCCAGUUCCUUACACACACCACUUGAACUUAAAAAAAGUUCAAAAAGGUUGAAGCGAUUACAACAGUGUUCACAGUGAGCUGUGUUUACAUUUAUCUCGAAUUAUAAAAGCAUAAAAGCCUAGGUGCAAGUACAUUUAAGCACUUAAAUUAAAUGCACAAGCACUCUUCAUGAGCAUUUAAGUGCGCACCAUCUGCUGUUAAAAAACUAAGUUCAGAAUCAAUUCCAGAGAGAAUUGCGAUAUAUGCGGAAAAUCGAAUCGAAGCGAUUUAUCGCCACACCCUUAUUAAAAAGGCUAUUACUCAGCGUAUGUCAACGUUACAUUAGGCGAAAUUGUAAUGUGUGCGGUUGAAAACUAGUCUAGAGCGCCAUCUGCUGUUAAAAACUAAGCUCAGAAUCGAUUCCAGAGAGAAUCACAAUGCAAUCAGAAAAAAUUUAAUUGAAUUGGUUUAUCGUCACACCCCUACUAAAAAGGCUAUAAGUCAGCAUAUGUCAACGUUACAUUAAGCAAAAUUUCAACGUGCAGUUAAAAAUUAGUAUAGAGCGCCAUCUGCUGUUAAAAACUAAGCUCAUAAUCGAUUCCAGAGAGAAUUGUGAUGUAUUAGGAAAAUCAAAUUGAAACGAUUUAUCAUUGCACCCCUACUAAAAAGGCAAUUAGCCAGCAUGUCAACAUGUUACAUUAAGCAAAAUUGUAACGCAUGUGGUUAACUAGUCAAUCAGUGCCAUCUGCUGUUAAAAACGAAGCUCAGAAUCAAUUCUGGAGAAAAUCGUAAUGCAUUCGGAAAAUCAAAUUGAAUUGGUUUAUCGUCACACCCCUAGUAAGAAGGGUGUAAGUCAGCAUAUGUCAAAAUGUUACAUUAUGUGAAACUGUAACAAGUCUAGAGCGCCAUCUGCUGUUAAAAACUAAGCUCAGAAUCGAUUCCAGAGAGAAUCACAAUGCACUCGGACCAUAAGCUGAAUCGGUUUAUCAUCACACCCCUACUAAAAAGGCUAUUAGUAUAUGUCAACGUUACAUUAAGCGAAAUUGUAACGUGUGCAGUUAAAAACUAGUAUAGAGUGCCAUCUGCUGAUUUUAGAGAGAAUCGUGAUGUAUUCGGAAAAUCGAAUCGAAAGGAUUUAUCAUCGCACCCCUACUAAAAGGCAAUUAGCCAGCGUGUCAACGUUACAUUAAGCAAAAUUGUAACGUGUGUGGUUAACUAGUCAAGUGUCAUCUGCUGUUAAACACUAAGCUCAGAAUCGAUUCUGGAGAGAAUUGUGAUGUAUUCAGAAAAUCUUGAAAACGUCUUUCCACCAAUUUUUAAUGUAACAUAAAAUGUGCAUAUUUUAAUUUGAAUGAAUCGGACAACUUAAAAAUCAUUUCACAAAUGAUUUACACAUUGUUUUUGUCCAGCCUCGUUUUUGUUCAGGUAAUUUGGUAUCAUUUCGAUGCAUUGGUUGGUGUGAUGAAAUAUCGCCCCCUAUCUACAGGACGAGGUAACAGAAAGAGAUUUUUGGAGCUCUAUGGUUGUAGGAAUAGUCAGGUAUGAUUGGUAUUUCACUAGCUUGAUUACAUUGUGCCUAAUUAUAAAUGUAUUCACGACUCCAAAAAAUGUUGUGCAUAUUGCACGAUUGUUUGUAAGCAAAUAUAAGCAAGGUCUAGGUCAUUUUCCGAUGGCUUACAGGGUUAACUGGGUUAAAUUUACGGCAGCUUCGUGUGAUGGGCAUUCGUCUUGAGCAUGCACAGGAACCCAGCUAACCAUAGUGUUGUGCGUCCCGUUCACCCGUGCACUCCUAUUCGAGAUAUUGUGCAAUUAUAAAAACAUUGAAUGUACUGAUUCAUAAAUAUAAAUGUUCCAUUUGAAGUUACUAAACUAACAAUGUGACAGCUACGCUCAUUUCAUUUAACAGUAUUGAGCAUUGGGCAUCAGUAUUAAAACAUGAGCAGAUAUUUUAGACAUUUUAACGAAGAAAUUCGUUCCGCUUUUGUUUUAUAAACGAGGCCCAAUCGCUUUCAUAACUUCAGCUGUUGGUCAACAGUGCAUGUUGUGCUUACACAAUAAUAUUAAUAUUGUCUGAAGUGCGGCUGGUGAGCUUUUUACAUUUGAGAUGUAUCUUCAUUUUAUGUACUUCUGCAAAAAGACUUUGAAAGUCUAGAAUCCAGACUAGAUAUCUAUUGCUUUGCUAUUAGUUCCUAUGUAAUAAAGAAUUAAUGUUU